AUGAAAUAUUUUUUACAAUUUUUUGCGCUAUGGCCUGGCCAUAAUAAUAACUUUUUUUUUCAUUUUUAUGCAUUAUUAAGCAUCACAAGUCUUAUUUUUCAAUUUUAUAACGUCUCUGAUGUUUUCGAUAAUUUAGAAUUACUUUCAAUGAAUAUAAGUAAUAUUAUUAUGAUCUUGGCAAUAUUUUUAAAAACCGCAAUUUCAUGGAGGAAGCGAAGAUAUAUGAAAAAUGUUUUAAUCAAAAUGAUGGAUGAUUGGUAUCAAAUAAAAAAUCCUGAACAAUUAAUAAUUAUGAAAAAUCAUGUUAAAUUUUCUCAUACAUUUUUUGUGAAUGCAUUUAUUGCAUAUAAUUUUACAAUUCUUUUAUUUCCCAUUUUUGCCCUACGUAUAUAUUUUACUGAGUCUGUUGAAAAUAGACUUCUACCAUUAUUGGCAAAAUUUCCAUUUUCGAAUAAAACUUCUCCAAUCUAUGAAAUAAUAUAUAUUUUACAAGCUAUUCUUCUCAUUUUUGCUGGUAAUGCCUUUGUUGUCUUAGACACAUCUUACGCAGCAAUGAUAUUACAUGCUGUGUCUAAACUUGAAAUUAUACGAUUUGAAUUGGAAAAUUUUGUAAAUAAUAUCUUAAAAUCAGAGAAAAAAUCAACUGUAAAAGUUUUAUUCGAAAAAUAUCAUGAAGUGACAAAAUUUGUGAAUAGAAUUGACGAAAUUUUUUCUCUACAAUUAUUUUUCUAUUUUAUAUUAGCGAGC